AUGUUGCAUUUUGCGGCCGCCUUCGAGCCCAAAGUGUACAAAACUGAAUUCGAAGGCGCCACGAGAGACGUACAUUUCUUCGAGGACUCCUCCCACAUAGCCACGGCGUCUGGCAAGGGGCUUCGAGUCUCCUUUGACGAUGGCGCUUCAUGGGAGGAGGUUAAGGCGACGAAAGGAAAAGACAUUGGGUUUUUUGCUGGCGAUCCGUACAUGAAGGAGAGGGCACUUGCCUUCAGUAUGGCGGUUGGUUACUAUACUACAGAUCGAGGAAAGACAUGGAAGGAAUUCGACUGGGGAAAGAAGGACGGCAAUUCGUUCAUGCGUUAUGAUAAGCUUCUGUAUAAUGUUGCAGACAAGAACAUGCUUCUUUUCAUGACUACUCUGUGUCCUGAUGGCAUGUUCCCUGGAGAUUGCAAGAACCAGUACUAUUAUACUACUGAUGGGCUCAAGCUGGUCAAGAAGCUUCCUGUGGAUUCCGAGCUGUGUAUUUUUGCCAAAUCCAACAAGGAUUUCGAUUUCUCGGGCGAUUCAAAGACUAUUAUCUGUGUUAAGCAUAAGCUUAAUUCAUUUGGUCAUGUCAUGGAGUCAAGCAUUGUCUCCAGUAACGAUUUUUUUAAGUCUGAAACAGAUAUUCUGAAUCCAGGCCUUAAAAAUGGGAGAGUUCUCGAUUUGACGAUCGACGCAUCUUUCAUGGUAGCCACUGUCCUGAGUGACCGUUUCAACCAAGACUCCCAGGUUUCUUUCUUCGUUUCCAAGAAUGGUAAAACUUUUGAAAAAUCAAACUUCAAGGCCGAAAUGAACCGUGGCGCAAUCAAGUUCUUACCGUCUUCUAAGCUGGGUCUUUUCGUCGAGGUUGCGGAGAUCAGGUCUCACCUCCGUCGUGCACCGGUUGCUAAAGUAUUCAAGUCUGACUCUCAGGGCAUUAACUUCGAUGUUGUUGCAGAAGAUGUCAUGUUUCGUGGCUUUGAGAAGGUUGACAACUUUGAUGGCGUAUGGGUCGCUUCAAAGAUGAAGAUGUCUGAUGCUGAUACAGGAAGACAUAUCCCAUUCACAUCUAUGAUAACAUUGAAUGACGGUAAGGAUUGGCAGCCUUUACUGAUGCUUGAUGACGACAGCUGCAAAGUUGAACAGGGCUGUUCAUUGCAUCUCUAUCUGGUACGAACUUUUGACACUGAUCAUCAGGCCAAGACGGGCCCUACCGCAAACAUUUUGCUUGGUAUCGGCAAUGUGGGCUCGGAAUCUGGACACUUCGACGAUCUGAAGACCUUUGUCUCAAGGGACGGUGGGCUCACGUGGACUAAAGCCUUAGAUGAACCUGCCAUGUUCUCCUUCGGUGACCAGGGAAAUGUCAUCUUAGCUGUACCACCUCGUUUCAAACAGAGGGAUAAACAGGACGUCAACUAUUAUUAUUCCCUUGACCAAGGACUUACAUGGGACCAAGGAAGCCUUGGUGUCAAGUUCUCCCCAAUGUUGCUAUCGACUACUACAGAUGGUACGACUAGUAAGUUCUUUUUGGGAGGUCAGAUCGAUUUGAAUCAACAGAUUUAUACGAUGCUUGAUUUUUCCAAGGCUUAUGGAGCUACGAAGUGUAAAGACAAAGACCUCGAAAAGGUCUAUGCUCGUGUCGUCGACGGCAAGCCAUUAUGUCAUUAUGGUCACAAAGAAAGUGUAAUGAGAAGAAAGCCAGAUGCUAAAUGUUUUGUUAGCAAGAUUUGGGAAGACUUGAUAGUGAAGGAAGAGCCAUGUGAGUGUACCGAGGCCGAUUUCGAAUGCUCGAAGUACUUCAAGCUUUCUCCUAAAGGUGCUUGUGUACCAAAUGAGGAAAAAAUCAAAGAGGCUUGCUCCUCAAAGAAGUCUAAGAAGGUUAAGCUCGCUGACAAGCAACUCUCGGCUGGAAAUCUUUGUAAGCAAAGCAACAAGGAAACAUUUGUCGCUGAGGAGGAGUUCAAUUGCGAAGACUACGCCGACGUUGACAAGCCGCUGGGGAAGAAGUUGGUUAGUGUUCUGCAUGAGUUCGAAGGCCGCCUUGAACAGUAUUCUUAUGUCAAGGCAGGAGACAGAGAAAAUCUCCUUGUGAGAACUUCGAACAAGGUUAUGUUUGCCUCCAAUGACGGAGGCUCGAGCUUCACAAAAGUACCUGUCUACGAAAAGAUAGACUGGUUUGCAGUGGGUGCUACUCCAGGAUCUGUUGUUUUGAUCACAGAUAAUGAGAUCUUCUACUACUCUAAGGAUGGAGGUAAUUCCUUUUCGAAGCUCAAGGCUCCUAGUAAGCUCGUGCCAACGCGUCUUUUGAGGCCUUCUUUCCAUCCUACGAAUGAUGAUAAGUUUAUCUGGUACGGCUCAGAUGGAUGCGAUCCAAUGUCGAGUCCUUUCUGUGAGGUCACUGCUUAUCAUACAAGAGAUGGAGGCCAGUCUUUCGACAAACUUAGAAGUGGUGUGCAAUUCUGCGACUACAUUUCCAUGAACAACGAAGGCGAAACAAACUUGAUCUAUUGCCUUACUUCUGGUGAAAAACCCCAGUUGUUAUCCUCCACGAACUACUUCCGGGAAUCGAGUCCAAAGGUUUUGUUUGAUAAUGUUGCUUCUUAUGCUCUCAAGUCGAAUUACGUAAUUGUCGCUACGGUUCUUGAGGGUGAAAAGGAGAUGCGUGCUAAAGUGACCGUCGAUGGUUCUACAUUUGCAGAUGCUUCAUUCCCAAAAGAUUUCAAAGUCGAAGCUCAAACUGCCUAUAACAUUCUUGACUCUGCUGACCACUCCAUUUUUAUGCAUGUCACUACAGAUGGACGCCAAAAUAAGGAAGUUGGAUCACUUCUCAAGUCCAACUCAAACGGUACUUACUAUGUCCUUUCCCUCAAAGAUGUCAAUAGAGGCAAGUUUGGAUUUGUGGAUUAUGAUAGGAUCCAAGCAUUGGAAGGUAUUAUUCUCGCCAACACCGUUUCGAAUCCAGGAAAAGAUGAGAAGAAGAAACUAAAGACUGUUAUAUCCUUCAACGAUGGCAGUGAAUGGGCUUACUUAUCGCCACCAACUGUUGAUAGCGAAGGUAAGAAAUUCAAGUGCUCGGGCCUGUCCUUAGACAAGUGCUCAUUGCAUUUACAGAGUUUUACUGAGAGACCUGACUUCACAGAUACAUAUGGCUCUUCUUCAGCCGUUGGUGUCCUUUUCGGAGUAGGCAAUGUUGGAGAAUACUUGGGUGAGAAUGAUCUUGCAACCUACAUGUCUCGCGAUGCUGGUCUUACCUGGAAGGAAGUGGUAAAAGGACAACAUAUGUGGGAGUUCGGUGAUCAAGGUACUGUUCUUGUCCUUGUCGACCAGCUCAAGGAAACGAAUUCGUUGACGUACUCCACUAACGGUGGUGAAGACUGGCAGGAGUAUAAGUUUGCUGAUAAAAACAUCGUUGUUCUUGAUUUAGCCACAGUGCAAAGUGAUACUUCGCUCAAGUUCGUUAUUUUCGUUGCAGAAAAACUGGAUCUUCAAACCACUCACGCUUACUCCAUCGAUUUCACUAAUUACUUCAGCAGACAAUGUGAGCUCGAUUUGGAAAACCCCAAGGGAGGCGAUUUUGAAUACUGGAGCCCUAAGCGUCCUUUCUCAAAGGACAAUUGUUUGUUUGGUCGUGAAGUGAAAUACUUGCGUCGUAAAAAUGAUCGGGUUGACUGUUUCAUUGGAGCCGCUCCUCUCAAGGAUGGAUUUGAGGCUUCCAGAGUUUGCACAUGUACCAGGGCCGACUACGAAUGUGACUACAACUACUACAGGGAUAGCGAUGGUACAUGUAAACUUGUGGAUGGAUUAUCUCCUGCUGAUAGAAUGAAGGAAAUGUGUGAAAAAGAGGGAACGUUCCAGUACUUUGAACCUACUGGAUACAGAAAGAUACCGCUUUCCAAAUGUGAAGGUGGUAAAGGCUUUGAUUCUCUCAAGACGCGUCCUUGCCCUGGCCAUGAGAGUGAAUACAACGAUCACUACGGCGUUGGACUUGGUGGUGGAAGAAUCUUUGGAGUGAUCUUUGCACCUAUUGUGAUAUUUAUUGUCGUCUUCCUUCUUGCAUCAUGGUUUGUCUACGAAAGAGGUAUUCGCCGUAAUGGUGGCUUUGAAAGACUCGGUCAGAUCAGACUAGAUGACGACGACGACUUCCAGCCAAUCGAAGAGAAUGCCGUUGAUGUUGCCGUGAACAAGGUUGUCAAGGGUGGUAUCGUUGUUGUGGCUGGUACCGUUGCAGCGUUCAAAACUAUUCGAAAGAUCGACCGGGCGUUACUUGAAAGAAUCUCCCUGGCUCUCUUCGGUCGCCGUUCAGGCCAUCGUAACUACGUUCGUGUCCCAGAUGAUGAGGACGAGUUGUUUGGCAACUUCGAUGAUAACUAUGAAGACGAACUAGAAAACGCCCAUGACAUCGCAUUUGAAAUAGAAGAUAGUCCGGGAGAGUUCUCAGAGUACGCUGACGAGCCACCAGUUGGAGACGACCAAGCUGCUGAAUCAGACGAAAGGCUCUUUGACAUUGACGAUCAGUCGGAGGAUGACAAUGACUCGUCGCGUAGAGGAGAGGAGUAG